GGUAACAGUGUGUGGGUGAGGCUCUGAGUCAUCCUGAGGUAAACACAGUGUCUGUCACUAACUAUGGCUGACCCUAAAUAUGCCGGACUUCCUGGAAUAGUAUAUGACCAGCCUGAUGUGUUCGAGACUUGUGACCUGCCAGAGAGUGAACAAGAAUACACUGUGAAUGAUGGGGAUGAUACCAGCAAUGCAGUGGAGACACUCCAUAUAUCUGCUGAUGAAGCUCACUCUCAUUUUAAGGGCAAGGUUCUGGAUGGAUCAAAUGUUGACUUCUCAGAUCGAAUUUCUCUCUGUCAUCGGCGUGGUUUUGAUGCAAGACGAGUAGAGUGGGAAGUUGCUGGGGAGGGAGAAGAGGAGACGGUAACCCAGAAAUACCAGAGGUUAAAAUAUGAAGUGAAUCACCUAAUUGAGGAACUACAGGCCAUCAAAGGGUCAGUACCAUGUGGAGAUGGCCUAGUUUCAUCAGUGGAGCUUGGCAAGCAUGUAGAAGUGCUCCAUCAUACCCUGGUUGAUCUGAAGCUGGAGGACACUCUUGGAGCUGAUAUUGUGGCUUCCAUCUCUCAACCUCAACUAACCCUUCAAAAAAAACUUAUUAACUUGUUGGAAAGCUUUAAACAGACAGGAUUAGUGUCAGAGAAGAGCACGAGUAAGGAGAAACAGGACGGAAAGACAUCAUCUAGCGAUGGAGGCAACACCUCUGUCAUUACCUAUGAACUUUAUUAUGCUCCUGAACAUGCUAGGCUGAAUCAACUUGCUAAUGCAGCAAUGCUGGAGAAGAGAAUAGACCAACUUGAAAGUUUAAUUGGAAACAACCCAGAUAAGCUUUCGAGUCUCUCUGCUUGGACAAAUCAUAAGUCAGUCGUGGGUGCUGUGCAGGUUUUGAGUGCACGAUUAGCGCUUCUUGAGCCAGCACAUUUGGAUCAUGUAGAAGGACGAUUACAUGCAGUACACACUCGCAUGAACUCCAUAUCGGAGAAGAAAUCGGCUAUUGAGGAUGCAGACAAACAAAGCAAGGUAUCCGAGCUUUAUGAAUUGGUUAAGAAAACAGAAGCACUUUGUUCAGCUCUUCCUGAAGUUGUGAAUCGCUUGGUGUCUCUGGAGGCUUUACAUGAACAAGCGAUGCAGUUCAGUGGAUCACUGAAGCAAUUGGAUGUGGCCCAAACUCGUGUCAGUGCAGCUCUACAUUCCAAUGCUGAUUUACUGGCUAGUGUGCAGGAGAAAUUUUCUCAAAACCUUGAUGUAAUCCACAACAAUGUUGCAAAUCUUGAUGCACGUGUACAGGUACUCCAGAAAAAGUAGUCAGUACAGUAAUGUAAUAUUAUUUGUGAAAAUACUUCUCAGUGGCUGUAAUGCACAUGGUAGCUUGUUUACUUUAGAAAAGAAUUAAUAAAUUACUAUCAUUUAUGAUUUAAGUAUCUUUAGAUAGUAAACAUGAUUAACCUGUAUUUUAAGCAGAUUUAAUAAUACAAUAUUGGUGAUCUUCAAGUAUUAGAAGACCAAUGCCUUUGGAUCUGCUUUUAUGCAUUUUUGGUUUCAUAUGACUAAAUUGCUUAUAGUAAAUGUUUUAUAGAACAAAGCCCAAAGAUAUAACUGUUAAACUAUUUUGUAGGACGUACCAAGCUCUCAUCUCCUUAGUGGUAAAUUUGCUAUGAAGUUUGGCAAUCAGCAUUCAUGAAAUAGAGAAAAUUUAAUGAAGUGACAAACUGCUGUAGAUGUGACAUAUUACUUUAAGAGAGUUUUGUUAUUUCAGGCUUACAAACUAGUUAAUAAUAGUACAUGAUUUGAUUUUUCACAUACAUCAUUAGAGGUAUACACUGUAUAUUACAUGCAGUACAGUAUAACCUCUCUUACCCUAGAAACAUGGGAACUGAAAUCAUUCAGUUCGCUUGAAUUUUCUACUGGACAGAGGUCACGGGGGGGGAAGGAUUAGGUUAUGCAAGGUUUUCCUAUUCAAAUAUUGCAAAUACUCUUAAAUUUGUAUAUAAAGUUAAACUAUAAAAGAAAUAACAUACAUAAUGAAUACAACUAGAGUACCAUAUAUGAAAUACUGUACUCCAUUAUGACUAACAUAAUUAUACUGUAUACAGUGGUAAGUAAUAACAGCAAGCACAGUUCUGUAUAUACAGUAGUACCCACUUAAUGCGGUCAAUUGAACCCACAGGGUACAUAUGGGAUUAAUUCCAAUAGAGACUGGCCGGACCCCCAAACUCUACUUUUUCCGACACAAUACCUAUGUUCUA